AAAAUACAAAAUUUAAUCAAAACUUUUAAUCUUAAACAAAAAUAAAAUGGAUAUAGAAAAUACAGUUAAUGGACUGACUUAAUAAAUGUAAUCUUAAAAAUAACCACAUUAAAAAAAAUAAAAAAUUGCAUCAACAUUAUAAGAACCUGUUUCUGAAACAAUAGUAUGAAAAUAAGCAUAUUAAAAAAUAAAAUAAAAAAGAUAAGAGAUUUAAGAAUGAUAGGAUAUAAAUUAAAAUAUGUAUUAUUUCCUAAAAUGAGGGAAGAAGAAAAGCAAAAUAAAAGUUUAAGAAAUUGGGAUUUAUGGGGUCCGUUGCUUUUAUGUUUAAGUUUAGCAAUGUAUAAAUAUAUAAUUGAAAUACAAAAAAUAUAUGUAAUUAAAAAAAGGACUUUAAGUAUUGCAUCAUCAUAAUAAGCCGAAAAAGUAUUUGCAAUAAUAUUUAUUUUAAUAUGGUCAGGAGCUGUAGUAAUAACUUUAAAUGCUAAAUUACUAGGCGGAAAAAUAUCUUUCUUUUAAUCUGUAUGUGUAUUAGGUUAUUGCAUUUUCCCAAUAAAUAUAGCCUCAUUUAUUAAUUUAUUUAUUCCAGAAACUAAAGAUAUAUUUAUUUUGAUUAAAGCUGGCAUUUGUUUUAUGAGUUUUAUUUGGUCUACUAAAGGUAAUUAAAUAUAUUUUUUAUUUUUAAUUAAAAAUAGCAUCUGUACCUUUCAUGAAUACUCUUGUAAGUGAAUAAAAGAAAUUAUUAGCAGUUUAUC